CUUCAACACUGGUAUUUGACAACAUCGAAAACUUGUUGCAUUGGAGAGCUAAAUGGUAUAAAGAUCGCGACGCGAACGAAAACUAAUCAUAAUCAACUCGACACUCUUUCAAAACUGUACUUACUGCUGCAAGCCUGAAGAUGCGUACAUUUGUGGUUUUGUGCUUUGUUGCCGUCGCUUCGGCUCAAUACAGCUACCCCCAACAAGGCGCUGUCGAUCUCUCUGCUCCUAUUGGUGCCGCUCAACUCUCCCAACCCAUUCAACCUGUGAAUGAGUACAACAAGGAGUUCUAUAGCUACUCGGCACCUGAACAUGAAUUCGACGAUGCUGGCGAUGCAGGUCAACUUGCCAACUCGCUGAAGAAGAACUUGCGUGUUGUCUUCAUUAAGGGACCCGAAAACACCGGACUUGAGAAUGCUGCUUUGCAAUUGGCUAAAUCUGCUGGUGAUGAACGCACCGCCAUCUAUGUCCUCAGCAAACAGGCUGAUAUCGGCGAUUUGGCCAACAAAUUGAACUCGAUCAACCACCAAAACCAGAAACCCGAAGUGCACUUCGUCAAAUACCGCACCCCAGCUGAUGCUGAGAAUGCACAACGCGCCAUUCAGUCACAAUACGACUCAUUGCCCGGUCCAUCCACCAGCAACAAUGGCGGUGCUGCACCAGUUCUGAACUUUGCAUCACAAGCGCCAGUUGCUCCAGCCCCAGCCCCAGUGGCACCAGCCAACUCGUACAUUCCACCACAAGCGUCGUAUUUGCCACCCGGCAGAAGAGUCUAAGCUUUGAUACGCUCGAUUUGAUUGUUGAUUAAUUUUAAAGAAUUCUUUGUUACUUAGAUUAUUUUUAGCUCUUAAUAUAAGAUCACAGCAGCAUCACAAAAUACUAGAAAAAUUUCCUGUUCAAUAUAGCAAAUAAAAACAUAAAGAAACUGAAUUAUAAAAUGUAAA